GUCGGGGGAGUGGGGGAGGAGGUGAGAGGGAGAAGGAGUGUUUGGGCUAUUCGUUGUCUGGGGGUGAAACUUACCCUUUAUUGGAAAUAACGUGUUGGGUGUGUGUGUGUGUGUGUGUGUUUUUUCCCUUAAUAUAACGUGGUGUUUAUUGCUUGUGAGGUUGUAAUAAUAAAUAAUAAUACAUAAUAAUGAUAAUAAAGUUGAGGAGAGAGCGUACAAACCAGGAAUUGGGAUGGAAUUUGCCUUAUAUCUGUGGUAUGACUUCAGGCGAAUUCUUAAGGGGAGGGUAUAGUAUUGAUUGAUUGAUUGAUUGAUGGAUGGAUCGAUAGGCAGGAUGCUCGCUCGCCUGUGAUUAGGGAUGUGGUGUGAAAGGGAUUGGGGAGAAGAAAAGAAGUGAGUGAGUGUGAGAGAGAGAGAGAGAGAGAUUGUGUGUGUUUUUCCUGUUGGUUUAUCUGUGAGUCGAAGUUGGAGCAAGUGAUGAGAAAAGUGUGGUCAGAGGAGGGGACGUCGCGUGUAACUCAGGCAAAAGUUUGAAGACCCUCAUGUCCAAAGGAGUUUUGCAGGUACAUCCUCCAAUCUGUGACUGUCCUGGUUGUCGCAUUUCUUCCCCAGUGCCCGAAAUUCAUGUGGAACUGAGGAACUAUAGAAGUAACAGACACAGUGGCUGCACAAAUGAAAAUCGCGGACGCUUGGCAGAAAAGAGGACAAUCCCCUUGCCGCCAACAAGAUUACCUAAGAAAGAGCUGUCCUCCGCGUUUACAAAUAGUGAAGAUAGUGAAGAGAGCGAAAAGGCAAAUGGUGACCGGCCUCCUGAAGUAAAACAGGAAGAAGAGAUUCAGGCUUUCACAAUGAAAAGAAGUCGUGAAAGCGAUCUGUCAACCAUCAUCUCCAACCUCCAUCAGAGCAGGCAACACGGAAUGCCAGAGAGUCAAGGCCGGACUGAGAUAAAGAACAACGGCAUAGACUUACUCCCAGGACAGGCCGGUGUCGAGUCGUGUUGGGACACAGUUCCACAGAUGCUGGCGGCUUUCCAAUUGCCUCGACCGAGUGACCAUUCCUCAUGCGUCAGCCCAGACAAUGAUAUUUUAGGGAAGAGACGAGUAUGUUCACCAAACAGUAAUAGCGAGUGUCCGGAAGUCAAAAAACAAAGAAGUCAAUCUCCGAAGGAAAAGUCCUACACGCCAGCCCUGGAGGACCAGAUCAUUCAGAUGACGCCUGAGGAACACUACAGGCGGAUGAUGUCGGCGUUGAACGAACACGGGACCUACGACGAACAGCAGCAGCGUUUGUAUCAACUGGCCAACAGCAUGGGGGUCCCCAGCCACGGAGAUCUGCUACGAGUUCGGCAGGAGGCAGUGGUGAGGAGUUCGAGUGGGAUGGAAUCCCACCUCCCGUCUUCUAGCAGCUCGUCGAGUCAGAGAAGGAAGCAAGGUCUUCCCCAGCACCGAGACACACACUUCAGCGAAAGGGAAAUGUCUCACCCCAAUCCUCUGCUCUCGCCCCAGAACGCCCCACACAUCGCCCUGGGCCCACACCUCAGACCCCCGUUCCUGGGAAUGCCGUCAGCCCUGUGCCAGACUCCAGCAGGCUACGGGUUUCUGCAGCCCGCACAAGCGGAAAUGUUCGCACGGCAACAAGAAAUGCUUCGGAAGCAGAAUCUAGCGAGACUGGAAAUGUCCGCUGAGCUCCUGCGGCAGAAAGAGCUGGAGAACCUUCACCGGCAGCGGAUGCUGGGGAGCGAGCCCCUGGGGCUGCACCCCGGCUUGCCCCCGGACCACCCAGCCCUACGCAGCCUGCACGAGAUCCCCGAGGGGCACCCGCUGAGGGAGGAGCUGUCGCGACGCAGCGCCAUGCUGGUGCUCCGGCACAACACUGCCCCACUCCUGUCCCUGGCCCAUGCCGUCCCGGGCAUCGCAGCGAGCAAGGAGCCGAGCCGCAAGGGGAACAGGAAGGCCCCUCACCAGCACCAGCACCAGCACCAGCACCAGAGGACGGAGCCCCAAGCCCCGGGAGAGACCCGGGAGCCACACGAGGUCCGGCCCAGGGACUGCCCAUCCGAACUGAACGACGAGGAGAUGAAGGAUUCGGAGAGCGAGGCCGAGGGCGGAGAGGGCCUGAAGGCCGAGGUGGGCGGAGGCUCUGCCAGCGAACUCAGAGAGUGCAGGGAGAGCUCCGCCGCCAAACUGGGCGAGCCCGGCCUGAAGGAGGCGAGAGAGGCGGCCGGCCUCCGGAACCCACCCUGCGUGUCCGUGGAGACGGACGCCCCCGGCCACUUGCUGGGCCCCGGCAUCAACGAGAGUAAAAAAUACCUGCCCGCCCCCCCUCCACAGCCUCUGCCGUUUGGAUUCCCCUACCCUGCCAACCCUUACUUUCACACAGGUAGCAUCGGAAGCCUUUUUCUGGAUGGAGAGGACAGCGCUGUGGUGGAGGACAUCAGCAAAUGGUCCGUGGAUGACGUCUGUAACUUCAUCAGCGGUCUCUCUGGCUGUGCUGAAUACACCCAGGUAUUUCGAGACCAGGCUAUCGAUGGGGAGACAUUACCCCUCCUUACAGAAGAGCACUUACUGAACAACAUGGGCCUCAAGCUGGGACCGGCACUGAAAAUCCGAGCGCAGGUUGCCAAGCGGAUCGGCAGAGUGCUGUACAUGGCCAGCUUCCCUCUGGCCUUGCCCCUGCAGCCCUCGGCCCUCAGGCCGGCCGAGCGGGACCUCCCGGUGAGCGACAACCGGCCCUCGUCCACCGGCAGCGUGGCCUCUCCGUACGGCGGCGUGCUGGUCAGCCGCGUCUCGCCGAAGCAGGAGAACGGGAACUCCUCGUCGGGCAUCAUCAACGAGGCCAUGAAGCCGCAGUCCUGAUUCCCGACGUUCCCGCCGGCCCGCCCGCCCGCUCGCUCGCUCGGAAGCAUAAAAAAGUCGAGAGAAAUCAAUUUGCCGUCGUUCAAAACCAAAGGACUUUAUACCCGAGGCACCGAUUUGUUGUUUUACCGCAUUCCUUGGAAACAAAAAGGUUAUUUUGUGUGUGUGUAUGUGUGUGUGUGUGUGUG